UGCUCAGUCGGAGAGGAUCUCUUUUUCAUGAAGCUGCGGAAUCACCCCUGCUCAUCAUGAAGACAUGGCCAUGGCUGCUGCUUUCUGUCUUGAUCCAUAUGGUACCUCCAGCAUGUUCAGCCCCUUCUCCAUCAACCAGCAGACCAGGAGGGGUCUUGAAAUGUCCUGAUGGACAUUACAUGUUUCCGAGGAACGGGAUACUCACGUGUUCUCAAUGCAUGCCAUCUUGCACUGUGAACAAAAACCUAAUCGAAGUAGCUGCCUGUACAAAAACAAGUAACCGUCAGUGCCUGUGUGAGAAGGGUUACUUCUGCCCCAGUAAAGUGAGUAAGACCUGCAGGAAGGACUGCCUUCCAUGCACCAAUGGCUUCACCAGCGCCAAUCUGAACAUCUCCUGCCAGAAGUUCAAAGAAUGUGCUAUGGGGGAGCAGGUGAUUGCAAACGGCUCUUCCACUGCAGACCGUGUGUGCGGAAUCCCUUUCAAUGAAAACCUCACGACUACACCGCAGGACAGAACGGACACCACUAGAACUCAGAGGCUCGUGUCGUCUAACCCCAAAUUCCAUACCAGCCAUUUAGUCAGUGGUCAGGACAGCGAUCAAAACAUGGUGACAUCUUCACCCUUUAGAACCGAAGCUUCUCCAGGGGGCCCUGCUUUACCAUUUGAGGCCAAUUCAAAGACCACUUGGAUCUAUUUUCUUCUGCUGCUCAUAGCCCUGUGUCUGGUCUUAUGCCUGUCCUUGAAGUGCAAGAGCAGCGCUAUCAAGUGCAGGCUGGAGCAGGCAGGUCUGGUGUUCAGAAGAUACCAGCCCGUGUUCCCUGGAGUCAGCUCUGACCCAGACGCUCCGGUACCCGUGAGUGACGUCACAGACCUCAGAGAUCAAAGUCAGGGUCAGGGGUCAUUCCCAGGGAAAAAUCAGAAGGUCACCAUGGAGCACGUGGGGAAAUCGGACGGCAUCAACAACACUGUCGGUUCUAUUUUCAUCUACUCCCCCGGGAUGGUGAUCCUCGGCUCGAACUCGAACGAGAAGAAAGAGGAGGUGUUUUCGGGCGGCGAGGAGGAGGAGGAGGACGUACGUCUCAUGAGCGUGCCUCAGCAGGAAUCAAGCUCUGAAGAAGUCCUUAUCAGGUUGGCCACGCAGGAGGAGCUCGACAAGGAGCUGAGCAUCCCGGUCCCGGCUACGAGCAAAUGAAAACCCUGCAGGACGCCUGAAAAGGAGUAUACAUAUCAGCACCAGGGGCCUCACCGGGUCACGUGUUCAGACCCGGGUCCUGUUACAGCACAGAGAUGAAUCAGGCUGAGUUUGUUUGUUUAGCACUGGGACUUCUUUCAGGGUUUUUUUUUUUACUCAGUGUGGGAGGCAGUGUGAAGUGAGUGAUGGUGUAAGAAAAACUCCCAGGUUGCUAUAGUGAUAAAAUGUACUGUAAAUAGGAAUAUAUAUAUAUAUUAGAUUAUAUAUAUGUUAUAGAGAUAGUAAGAGAUAUUUGUUGGUCGUUUGUGCUUGAGUGCAGCUUGACCUGUGAGUUGGAUGGACAGAAAAAGCAGACAAAUAGACAAAAAGACAGACAGACAGACAGACAGACAGACAGACAGACAGACAGACAGACAGGCCACGCUGUACUGAAGAAGUGUGGGUGCACGCAGAGUUAAAAAUACCUCAAUGUGGGAUAAAAAGACUGCUGAAUGUCAGAGACUUUCGCUCGAACCCUCGUGUCUCUGCCACUUAUUACUGUUUACUGCUGUGCAGUCGACUUAUAAUCUUCUUUUUCUUCUUCUUUUGUUUUUCUUUUCAAACAUUCCUACUUUUCAUUAUAACUAUUAAUAUUCCAAAAGCAUCUUCCAUGUUGCCCAGGCUCAUGAGCACUGCAUUAGCUUUGUGACAGCAUCUGGAAUUCACCCUCGAAUUCCAGAAUAAAACACAUCGUGGGAUAUCCAAGGACUGAAACAAAAUACGACCUGGAGUGGGUUUUUUUUAUUUGCAAAAUUUUGAAACUUAUUAUAAAUGUUUUUUAAAAAAAAAAGGUCACGCCUUUAGUUACGCUUAAAACACCUCUGGAACGUCCGUUCCGUCACCAAAUCAGACCCUGGAACACGUACCCUUUUCUGUCCUGUUCUGUUACAGCUUCACUGUUACAAUGCGCUGACACUGGAGACUCCUUCCUUCCUUCUAAAUCAUCUAUUAAUAACACUUUAUAUUUAAAUUGGAGGUGGUUAAUGUGUUAGACUUCUGAUCAGAAGGGUGUGAGUUAAAAUCCCAGCACCACCACCAUGCUUCCCAUGCUGAGGCUCUUGAGCAAGGAACACGCCUGAACCCCCUCAACUGUUCAGGUGUAUAAAUGAUAUUAUUGUUAUUGUUGCUAUGGAGACGAGCAUCUAAGAAAUGGCAGAAAUGUAAAUUUACAGAUGUUGUUGUUGUUGUUGUUGUUGUUGCAUGUGAAGGGGAAACCUGUUACAGUUCCUGGAAAGUCAGAAGUCCACAUAAAUAUUUCAGCUUGUAAAGGGUUUUUUCCUGAGUCACCACACACACACACACACACACACACAUACUUACAGGCUGGUGUUUGUUUGGAAGACACUUUCCUUUUGUGAGUUGAGGAGUGUUAUCUCAUGUCAGUUAUGUACAUGAACAAAUACACGAGCACUUUGUAUACACACACACACACACACACACACACACACACACACACGUCCAGUGAGGAAACGAUCAUUUGGACGACGAUCAUUGCUGCAGAGCCUGUGUGCUAAACUAACUAGCUAAUUUUAGCUAGUGUUAAGAAUGAAUUAUAGUUUGUUUAUAGUAAACAAAUUCUUUUUAAGGCCUUAGUAACAGAGGUGCACAAACUGGGGGCUGCAGAACAAAGCUUUGGUUUUCAUUUCUACUUUAACACCCUGUAUAUGUUAUGUUUUAUAUACAAAUAUAUAUAGUUUUUUUUUUUUUUAGCUGUGUAAAAUACACAAAAAAUAUGAGGGCCGUUCCAGUCAAACCGGGACUUGAAUUUCAAGGAGUGGAAACUGCAUUUUUUUAGACAUUUUUUAUACAAGAUUCAGCAAAGAAGGAUUCGUGAAUGCACCUUCGAUCAUGCUAGGACAUGCUGCUUCUUCACCAGUUCUGAAAGGCUGACCUCUGAGGAACUCUUUCAAGGGUCCAAAUAGUUCUUUAACACAGCGCAGCAAAUUUGUUACAUGAUUUUAUUCAGCGUUUCCACGGAAAGAUUCUUCUCUUGUGCAAUUCCACGAGCGGUUGGUUAUGCUUCGAUUGUCCAGGAUCAAACGUUCCACUCGUCGAAUGUUCACUGCUGUGGGCUGUGGGCGACCACUGAUGACUAUCUCUGAAACAUUUGAUACCAUUCUAAUGUUUUUCUCCGGCUGAGCGUCUCAUCACCGUCCUGUUCUCUAAGUCUUCUUUAGAUAUCCGUGGGUUUUACGCCCUUUAUCACAACAAACUUCAGCACCAUGCGCUGUCCCAUGUACACGCUAACACUUGUCUUCCAUCUUGAUCAAUGGUCUCUAACGUUCGGUUUGACUUCAACACCCCAAAGUUCGAUUGUUUUUUAUUGUAUUUCAUCUGCAUGCUUUGUGACACUCUUUAUUUAUGGAGAGGCAGCGGUGCACAGACAAGAGGAAGUUUCCAGCUGUUUUGAAACAGCGGCAAAAACAUUUUAUGCAACACAGAGGGCUGAAACUAAAUCAAGUGAUUUGUUUGGCUUGCGAAAGGAAAAUAUUCGCUCUGCCUUAUAGCUAUCGUUUAAUAAAUCGCUGAGAAGACGACGAUGUAAACUGAGACCGCGCUCCUACUAUAACAAAUACGCUAGCUAGCUGACUAGCAGUGAGACGGAUAAUAGGAUAUCUCGUUAAUGAUGAUGGUUGUAACAGUAUCUUUACCUGGUUUAAUUGUGAACAAUCACGUUUCAUUACACCAAAAUGUCCCUGAUGGUUGUAAUGUAUGUGUUGUGAUGUAUGUUCUUUAUUUGAAUCAUCGCCUUGAGGUUUGUGAUUCCCGUCCGGAGAUCUCAACCUGCUGCUUGUUAUCAUUACAGUGUAUUUUUUUUUUCCACAUGCUGUGUCUUUUCACUCAAAUAAAGCCAAAGUGUAAAACUCCA